UACUUUUGUUCCAAAUCUUGUUCGGAAGUUGUCACAUUUAACCAGUGUUUCUAUGAAUGCACUUGACAAUAGAUGAGAGUGGAAAUGAAUUAUAAAUUACACUCUUCUAUAAUAUUCUUGUGCAUUCUCAUUUUCAAUUUGCACAAACCAAUGACGACAUACGCCAUGUAUUCUAAGUACCUUAAUAUGCCGAUGGAGGAUCCGUUCUAUGAUCUGGAACCAAAUGCGCUUUUCGAAAGCAAGCGUUCGAUGACCUGUGAUUCGUGUGGCAACGAGUGUACGAAUGCUUGUGGCACGAAGAAUUUUCGCACCUGUUGUUUCAAUUAUUUGCGUAAGCGAAAUGACCCCAACGCAAUGAAAUCGUUCAGUAAUAAGCGUCUCAUCGACUUUAUACUUCUACAAGGUCGCGCCGCAAUGUACUCCUUGGAUGAACAUAAUAACAGCGGUGGUGUAGCCAACGAUGGAAGAGUUAAGCAUGCUGAUGGCGCAGGUUUGGACUCAGACGAGAAGUCUUAUGAUGCCACUGGCAGCAGAAGACGAAUGGGCGGAGGCACAACUUUUUCACACAGAGUUGUGUAAAGUGGUUUCCAGUAUGGACGAUGUCAAAUUUUGAGACUCUGAAACUCUCUUUUCUGGCUGGAUUGAAAGGACCAGCUUAAAAAUA